AGGUGUUAGCACAAAAUGAACAUAAUUAGGGAAAAUAAGGAUUUGGCAUGUUUCUACACAACAAAACAUUCAUGGAGGGGAAAAUAUAAGCGUGUCUUUUCAGUUGGAACCCAUGCGAUUACUACAUACAAUCCCAAUACCUUGGAAGUAACAAAUCAGUGGCCUUAUGGAGACAUUUGUAGCAUCAGCCCUGUUGGAAAAGGACAAGGAACAGAGUUCAACCUCACAUUUCGUAAAGGCAGUGGGAAAAAGUCAGAGACCUUAAAAUUUUCUACAGAGCACAGAACAGAACUUCUUACAGAAGCAUUGAGAUUUAGAACUGAUUUUUCAGAAGGAAAAAUCACAGGAAGGAGAUAUAACUGCUAUAAGCAUCACUGGAGUGAUGCAAGAAAACCUGUCAUUUUGGAAGUAACUCCUGGAGGCUUUGACCAGAUCAGUCCUGCAACCAACAGAGUCCUCUGUUCUUAUGACUAUAGAAAUAUUGAAGGCUUUAUAGAUCUCUCUGAUUAUCAAGGAGGGUUUUGCAUACUUUAUGGAGGAUUUAGUAGAUUGCAUUUAUUUGCAUCAGAGCAAAGAGAAGAAAUUAUCAAAAGUGCAAUAGAUCAUGCUGGCAACUACAUAGGCAUUUCAUUGCGCAUCAGAAAAGAAUCUUUACAAUUUGAACAAUAUUUGAAUCUUCGCUUUGGAAAAUACAGCACUGAUGAAUCCAUCACAUCUUUAGCAGAGUUUAUAGUCCAAAAAAUAUCACCUAGACAUUCGGAACCUGUAAAAAGAGUUCUCGCGCUUACAGAGACAUGUUUAGUAGAACGUGAUCCAGCAACCUAUAAUAUUGCAACAUUGAAGCCUUUAGGAGAAGUAUUUGCACUGGUUUGUGACUCAGAAAAUCCACAACUUUUUACCAUUGAAUUUAUAAAAGGGCAAAUACGGAAAUACUCUUCAACAGAGAGAGAUUCCUUAUUAGCAAGUUUGCUGGAUGGGGUGAGAGCCUCUGGUAACAGAGAUGUUUGUGUAAAAAUGACACCAACUCAAAAAGGUCAGCGGUGGGGGUUACUCAGCAUGCCCGUUGAUGAGGAAGUAGAGAGUCUCCAUCUCAGAUUCUUGGCUGCGCCACCAAAUGGCAACUUUGCAGAUGCUGUUUUUAGGUUCAAUGCGAAUAUUUCAUACAGUGGAGUUCUGCAUGCAGUAACACAGGAUGGCCUCUUCUCAGAAAACAAAGAAAAAUUGAUUAACAAUGCCAUCACAGCACUGCUGUCCCAGGAGGGAGAUGUUGCUGCUUCACAUGCAGAGCUUGAGAGUCAGUUCCAGGCUGUCAGGCGGCUUGUGGCUUCCAAAGCUGGUUUUCUAGCCUUUACUCAGCUUCCAAAAUUUCGGGAGCGUCUAGGAGUGAAGGUAGUAAAAGCACUCAAGAGGAGCAACAAUGGAGUGAUCCACGCAGCUGUUGAUAUGCUCUGUGCCCUCAUGUGUCCUAUGCAUGAUGACUAUGACUUAAGACAAGAACAGCUAAACAAAGCAUCUCUUCUCUCUUCAAAGAAGUUUUUGGAAAACUUACUGGAGAAAUUUAAUUCCCAUGUGGAUCAUGGGACUGGUGCCCUAGUUAUUAGUUCACUCCUGGACUUCCUUACUUUUGCCCUCUGUGCUCCCUAUAGUGAGACAACAGAAGGGCAGCAGUUUGAUAUGCUUUUGGAAAUGGUAGCAUCCAAUGGAAGAACCCUCUUUAAACUAUUCCAGCAUCCUUCCAUGGCAAUUAUAAAGGGAGCUGGAUUGGUUAUGAAGGCAAUAAUAGAGGAAGGUGACAAAGAAAUUGCUACGAAAAUGCAGGAGCUUGCCCUUAGUGAAGGUGCCUUACCUCGACACUUGCAUACUGCGAUGUUUACAAUAAGCUCAGAUCAAAGGAUGCUUACAAAUAGACAGCUCAGUAGACAUUUAGUGGGGCUCUGGACAGCUGAUAAUGCAACUGCAACAAACUUGUUGAAGCGCAUUUUGCCGCCAGGCUUGCUGGCAUACUUGGAUAGCUCAGAUCCAGUUCCUGAGAAAGAUGCUGAUCGGAUGCAUGUUAGAGAUAAUGUGAAAAUAGCAAUGGAUCAGUAUGGAAAAUUUAAUAAAGUUCCAGAGUGGCAAAGACUAGCCGGGAAAGCUGCUAAAGAAGUUGAAAAAUUUGCCAAAGAAAAAGUGGAUCUUGUGUUGAUGCACUGGAGGGAUAGAAUGGGCAUUGCGCAAAAAGAGGACAGAAACAAUUUGAAUAUAAAUCAGAAGCCAGUAGUUCUUCGAAAGAGAAGACAAAGAAUAAAAAUAGAAGCAAAUUGGGAUCUCUUCUAUUAUAGGUUUGGUCAGGACCAUGCCAGGUCAAACCUAAUUUGGAAUUUCAAAACACGAGAAGAACUGAGAGAUAGUCUUGAAUCUGAAAUGAGAGCAUUUAAUAUUGAUAGAGAGCUUGGUAGUGCUAAUGUGAUCUCCUGGAACCACCAUGAAUUUGAGGUUAGAUAUGAAUGCCUGGCAGAGGAAAUCAAGAUAGGAGAUUAUUACCUGAGGUUACUCUUGGAGGAAGAUGAGAAUGAAGAAAGUGGUUCAAUUAAGAGAUCGUAUGAAUUUUUCAAUGAGCUCUAUCAUCGUUUCCUGCUCACCCCAAAAGUAAACAUGAAGUGUUUAUGUUUACAAGCCCUUGCUAUUGUUUAUGGGAGAUGUCAUGAAGAAAUAGGAGCUUUUACCGAUAUAAGAUAUGUCAUUGGAAUGUUAGAGAGGUGUACAGAUAAACUUGAACGAGAUAGGUUGAUCCUCUUCCUUAACAAGUUGAUCCUUAAUAAGAAAAAUGUUAAGGAUCUCAUGGAUUCAAAUGGAAUUAGAAUCCUUGUGGACUUGCUCACCCUUGCACAUCUCCAUGUAAGCCGAGCUACAGUACCACUGCAAAGCAAUGUAAUCGAAGCUGCUCCAGACAUGAAAAGAGAGAGUGAAAAGGAGUGGUACUUUGGCAAUGCAGACAAAGAAAGGAGUGGCCCAUAUGGAUUUCACGAGAUGCAAGAAUUGUGGACCAAAGGAAUGUUAAAUGCAAAAACCAGGUGCUGGGCUCAAGGCAUGGAUGGAUGGCGACCACUCCAGGCAAUACCCCAGCUUAAAUGGUGUCUGUUAGCCAGUGGACAGGCUGUACUAAAUGAAACUGACCUUGCUACCCUUAUAUUGAACAUGUUGAUCACAAUGUGUGGAUAUUUCCCAAGCAGGGACCAAGAUAAUGCCAUCAUUCGGCCUUUACCCAGAGUGAAAAGACUGCUGUCAGACAGCGCUUGCCUUCCUCAUGUUAUCCAGCUACUGCUUACCUUUGACCCUAUUCUUGUUGAGAAGGUUGCGAUUUUGUUAAACCAUAUCAUGCAAGAUAAUCCACAGUUACCUCGUCUUUAUCUUAGUGGAGUAUUUUUCUUUAUCAUGAUGUAUACAGGUUCCAAUGUGCUUCCUGUUGCUCGAUUUUUGAAGUAUACACAUACUAAACAAGCUUUCAAAUCAGAGGAGACAAAAGGACAAGAUGUUUUUCAGAGAAGUAUACUUGGGCACAUUCUACCAGAAGCAAUGGUUUGUUACUUAGAAAAUUAUGAACCUGAAAAAUUUUCUGAGAUUUUUCUGGGAGAAUUUGAUACUCCAGAAGCAAUCUGGAGCAGCGAAAUGAGGCGCCUCAUGAUAGAGAAGAUUGCUGCUCAUCUUGCUGACUUCACACCUCGUCUUCAGAGUAACACCAGAGCACUUUAUCAGUAUUGUCCCAUCCCAGUAAUCAAUUAUCCACAACUAGAAAAUGAACUCUUUUGUAAUAUUUAUUACCUCAAACAACUUUGUGAUACACUCCGGUUUCCAGAUUGGCCAAUUAAAGACCCAGUUAAGCUUCUAAAAGAUACUCUUGAUGCCUGGAAGAAGGAGGUGGAAAAGAAGCCACCUACGAUGUCAAUAGAUGAUGCUUAUGAAGUGCUUAAUCUCCCUCAAGGACAGGGGCUACAUGAUGAGAGCAAGAUUAGAAAAGCUUACUUCAGACUUGCACAAAAAUACCACCCUGAUAAGAAUCCAGAAGGGAGGGAUAUGUUUGAAAAAGUUAAUAAAGCAUAUGAAUUUUUAUGUACCAAAUCAGCAAAAAUAGUGGAUGGGCCAGAUCCAGAGAAUAUAAUUUUAAUUCUGAAAACACAGAGUAUCCUCUUCAACCGUCAUAAAGAAGAUUUACAGCCUUAUAAAUAUGCAGGAUACCCCAUGCUAAUUAGGACUAUAACAAUGGAAACUUCAGAUGACCUCCUUUUCUCAAAAGAAUCACCACUGUUACCUGCUGCUGCAGAGCUGGCUUUCCAUACAGUCAACUGUUCAGCCCUCAAUGCUGAAGAACUCAGAAGGGAGAAUGGAAUUGAGGUUUUACAAGAGGCAUUUAGUCGCUGUGUCGCUGUCUUGAGUCGUUCUAGUAAACAAAGUGACAUGUCAGUACAGGUUUGUGCACACAUAAGCAAAUGCUAUAGUGUGGCUGCUCAGUUUGAAGAAUGCCGAGAGAAGAUCACAGAAAUGCCUGGUAUCAUCAGGGAUCUCUGUCGGGUGCUGUAUCUUGGCAAGGUAGACUUCCAUCUUUAUGGGAGGAGUGGAGAAGGGGAGGAGAUCCAUUUCCUGCUUCUGGAUUCUGUGGGCACUUCAAUAUUAGCCACCAAGAGGGACCCCAGUGCCCCUCCUCGCACUCAGCUGUGCCUCUCCAUGGUGCUGGAAGUAGCCAACAGCCUUGCCAAACUGAGUGUCCAUGCUCUAAGCCGCCUCGGAGGGUAUCUACCUGAAGAACAAGCCACCCCAGAAAACCCAACCAUAAGGAAAAGUUUAGCUGGCAUGCUGACACCCUAUGUUGCUAGAAAACUCGCUGUGGUUAGUGCUACUGAGAUAUUGAAGAUGCUUAACAGCAACACAGAGAGCCCAUAUUUGAUAUGGAACAAUUCUACAAGAGCAGAACUACUUGAAUUUCUUGAAUGCCAACAAGAAAGCAUGAUUAAAAAAACGGAUUGUGACAAAACUUUCGGAUCAGAAUUUGUCUAUAGUGAUCAUGCCAAAGAACUUAUUGUAGGGGAGAUUUUUGUCAGGGUGUAUAAUGAAGUCCCUACCUUCCAACUAGAGGCCCCAAAGGCAUUUGGUGCAAGUCUCCUGGAUUAUAUAGGCUCCCAGGCCCAGUACCUGCACACAUUCAUGGCGAUCACAAAUGCUGCAAAAGUGGAGUCAGAGCAACAUGGAGACCGCUUGCCAAGAGUGGAAAUGGCUUUGGAGGCUCUGAGAAAUGUUAUUAAAUAUAAUCCAGGCUCUGAAAGUGAAUGCAUUGGGCAUUUUAAGUUAAUAUUUUCUCUCCUCCGAGUUCAUGGAGCUGGUCAAGUGCAGCAACUGGCUUUAGAGGUUGUGAAUAUAGUGACUUCUAACCAAGAUUGUGUCCACAAUAUUGCUGAAUCGAUGGUUUUGUCUAAUUUAUUGGCUCUUCUGCAUUCGUUGCCAUCAAGCCGUCAGCUUGUUCUGGAAACUCUUUAUGCUUUGACAUCAAGUACAAAAAUAAUCAAAGAAGCAAUGGCAAAAGGAGCUUUGAUUUAUUUAUUAGAUAUGUUCUGCAAUUCGACACAUCCACAGGUUCGAGCCCAAACAGCAGAACUUUUUGCUAAAAUGACAGCAGAUAAACUAAUAGGUCCAAAGGUUAGAAUUAUAUUAAUAAAAUUUCUACCAAGCGUUUUCAUGGAUGCCAUGAGAGACAACCCUGAAGCUGCUGUACAUAUUUUUGAAGGAACUCAUGAAAAUCCUGAGUUAAUUUGGAAUGAUGGUUCCAGAGAUAAAGUGUCUACAACAGUCAGAGAAAUGAUGCUACAGCACUUUAAAAAUCAGCGAGACAACCCUGAUGUAAACUGGAAGUUACCUGAAGAUUUUGCUGUGGUGUUUGGAGAAGCAGAAGGUGAACUUGCUGUUGGAGGAGUUUUCUUGAGAAUCUUUAUUGCACAACCAACUUGGGUCCUAAGGAAGCCCAGAGAAUUUCUUACUGCACUGUUAGAAAAAUUAACUGGGCUGCUGGAGAAGAACAAUCCUCAUGGAGAAACUCUGGAAACUUUGACAAUGGCAACAGUAUGUCUCUUCAGUGCACAACCUCAGCUGGCUGAUCAGGUCCCACCAUUAGGCCAUCUUCCCAAAGUGAUCCAGGCGAUGAACCACAGGAACAAUGCCAUUCCUAAGAGUGCCAUUCGUGUUAUCCACGCUCUGUCUGAAAAUGAGCUGUGUGUUCGAGCCAUGGCAUCUUUAGAGACUAUUGGCCCACUGAUGAAUGGAAUGAAAAAGCGACCUGAUAUUGUUGGUCUAGCCUGUGAAGCAAUUAAUCGAAUGUUUCAGAAGGAGCAGAGUGAAUUAGUAGCACAAGCCCUGAAAGCAGAUUUGGUCCCAUACCUCUUAAAAUUACUUGAAGGCAUUGGCCUUGAAAAUCUGGACAGCCCAUCAGCCACUAAGGCUCAGAUAGUUAAAGCACUCAAGGUGAUGACUCGCAGCCUGCAGCAUGGAGAACAGGUGAAUGAAAUCCUGUCUCGUUCUUCAGUCUGGAGUGCCUUCAAAGAUCAGAAACAUGAUUUGUUUAUUUCUGAGUCACAAACAGCAGGAUACCUCACAGGACCUGGAGUUGCUGGCUACCUUACCGCAGGGACAUCCUCAUCAGUCAUGUCUAACCUGCCACCUCCUGUAGACCACGAGGCAGGUGACCUUGGCUAUCAGACUUGAGACAUUUGUGAGGGACAAUACAUGCUGAAAGGCCAGUGCCCAGUCCACAUUCCUCCAGCUGAUACGUUGAAGCAAACUCUUACUGCCUUUCUCUGGUUUCAUGACAGUGUUAAUCCUUUUUCUAUAAAUAUAUUUUUAUUUAGGAAAACAGUCAUUGAUUCUAAUUAUAUCACAUUAUAAGAAAGCACUCUCUGGAUCAACCUAAGUGGGUACACAAGAAUUUUUUUUCUUGAUGUAUGUGAGCACAUUUUGUUCCUUUGUAUCUGUUUACAAGACUGUGAAUCAAAAAGACAAAACUCUCUUCCUAGUUUUUAUAAUGUUUUUUUUGGAAUAUCAUGACUGUGGAGUUGAACUACGGUCUACAGAAUUUGGGCUCAGUCACUUGUCCCUGGAAAAGGGUAUUUUUCCUCUCCUGCAUCAAGUCUACGUGUCUGUCGUCCUCCCACCAUCGAACACUGUUAGGUUUUGCCCCUGCACCUGCUCACUGAUGUCGUCUCUUCAGUCAUAGACCUUCUCAGAGCUCACAGUACAUGUUGGUAUUGUGUAACUGGCUUUACCAAACUGAAUGAAAAAGGAGCUUGUGCAAAAAAAAUUUAAAAAUCUAAAAACGGAUAUCAAGAUGUUAUGUAAAGAUAAGUGUAAUUGUGAAAUGUUCUAUACAUUAUGAAAUAUAUAAAGCUUUCUAUAUUGAAUGUACAUUAUAUAGAUCAUAUGUGUACAUAAAAUUUUAAAAAUAAAGGGAAUUGACUGCUUUGUUAAUGAGA